AUGCUGACACCUGCCAAUGCCAAUACAAAUAAGAAUGAUGUCCCUUCAAGCCCGCGAUCAGGCGCGAAUUCGCAGCAGCAUAUGGUGCCGUUGCUGCGCCAUACGACACUCUACAUGAAUGAUUUGGCUGCGACCCUAAGGAAUGAUCGCAUGUUGCUAGAACACUUCAGACUGCAAUUGGAGAGCGAAUUCGCUGAUGAGAAUUUGGAGUUUUUCGAGUUGGCUUCGGAGUAUGAAGAGGCGCCGUCACUAGAGUUGGCGAAUGCCAUCAUCGAUACAUAUAUCGCACCGAACUCAGUUCGCCAGGUAAGUCAACCAUCCGAAUGCAAAAGUGGCAUUGAGAAGGACGCCAAAGUCAUGAACGAAACUCGAAUCGCAAAUCCGAAUAUAUUUGACGAUGCAAUGGCCUGGUGCAUGACAAUGAUGCUUGAGGCUUGGCCUCGGUUCCUGAAGAGUGGAUACUACCAAGAUUACUUGGCGGACUUGGCCGAUGACAAUCCCGAAUUGUUGAGUCAACUGGAUCAACCCUCCGACGAUCUAUCACCGGAAAGAAAACUACAAUGGCUAUUAAGGAAUCCGAGUAAUGCCAUUGCACGGCAAUUUGAAACGUAUCUGAAGAAGAUUUAUGCAUCCGAAUGCUAUGACUUUUGGAAAGAUCUGGAUGCGUUGAUGGCGGAACCAGCGGGCGAGAACAAGGUUAAACAUGCCGAAAAAUUGGUGAAGCUCUACACCGUGUAA